AUGGGGAGGGGAAGAGUAGAGUUGAAGAGGAUCGAGAACAAGAUAAAUCGGCAGGUGACUUUUGCUAAAAGAAGAAAUGGGCUCCUGAAGAAAGCUUACGAGCUCUCUGUUCUAUGCGAUGCUGAGGUUGCCCUCAUCAUCUUCUCUAAUCGUGGCAAGCUCUAUGAGUUCUGCAGCACCUCCAACAUGCUCAAGAUGCUUGAAAGGUACCAGAAUUGCACUUAUGGUUCAAUGGAAGUUGACAGAUCAGCCACCAAUGCUGAGCAAAACAGCUACAAGGAGUAUAUGAAACUGAAAGCCAAAUACGAGUCUCUGCAGCAGUACCAAAGACAAAUUUUUGGUGAGGACUUGGGGCCACUCAGUCUCAAGGAACUUGAACAACUCGAACGACAACUAGACUCUACUUUGAGGCAAAUCCGCUCUAUAAGGACACAAUCAAUGCUGGACCGGCUUUCUGAACUUCAAGUUCAGGAAAGGAUGUGGCUUGAAGCUAACAAAGCGUUGCAGAAUAAGCUGGAAGAAGUUUAUGCAGAAAAUCAAGCAGGACCAUCAUGGGCAGGGGCAGGGGCAGGUCCUGCACCAGGUGAACACUGUUGUUCAUAUGAACAACAUCAUCAACAUCCUCAAUCUCAGGAUUUCUUUCAGCCUUUGGAUUGCAACUCCAAUUUGCAAAUGGGGUAUAAUGCAGUUGGUUCAAGCCAGUUGACAACUUCCACAAAUGGGCAGAAUCUGAAUGGAUUAGAUUCUGGAUGGAUGAUGCUAUGA